AUGUAUGCUAUGACAGACUUGAUUGAGGAUGAAUCGCGAUUCGACAAGUACCGCCGAAUUACUUUUAAAAAACAGCUAAGCGAUCAUCCAGUUUAUGAUUUUUGGCUGACGCUACUCGAAAGCAACUGGGAGAUUUUCUUCGACACAGAGACACGCGUACCGAAUCAGAAGCUGACGCUUUGCUUUCAAUUUGCUAUCCGCCAUGGUUACUGUCAACUUGUGGAGUAUAUCUGGGAGAAGAUUGGCGACAACACAAAGGAGUACAUAGGCUUGCUACAAUGGCGUUCAAUGUGUUUUCGUGCUCGCGAUCGAGACACCAUGCAAUUUCUUUGCACUCGACUAUGUCGUAUGAAUCCAGUUGGUGUAGCCCGGAUAUCGUGGACCGCUUUCUUUGACACCUUUUACAAUUCGAUCAAUAACGAGGAAAGCGACGUUCUGGUGGAAAACAAAUUUCGAAAGCGAUUUCAAUUCCUGCUGGAAAAUUGCUGUCCAGAGCUACGAAAACGUCUACUCAAAAUGGAGAAUUUCAGAAUUGUGUCAGACGCAUUCCGUUACAACCAACAGGAGACAUUCGCCUUUUUGUUGGAGCACAUGGAUGGUGAACAACUAAGAAAUGCCAGGGAAAUCGUCGAUCGAAUCCAAGGCCGACGUGAUACUAUGGAUGGUGAACGACUCCGACGUGCCCUGUUGCAUCGACAAGCAACAACCAUUGAUUGA